GUUUCUUGCACGAGAAAGCUCUCGUCCUUACGCACAAUUGACUAUUGCAAUCCAGCUCGUUCUUCGUUUCUUUAAGAAAAGAAGCAGGUUGUUCUUUCUUAUCCCAAUACAAACUAAGCAGGUUUCUUUGUCAGGCCAUAAAGCUCUCUCCUUUUACUUUUUCUGGAGGUUCUUUCUUCCUUUCUUUCUUUCUUUCUUCUGUGUUUCUGUCGAUCAAGAUCGAAUUUUUGAGUUCAAUGGCGAGGCCUGGGAACAAGAUUGUCCAAGCCAAGCUGGUGGGUGCUUCUGGGGGACAUGGGAACCGGGAAAUCAAGUUUGGUUCUCAGAUUCGUAAAAGGCCAGUUCAUCGAUCACCAGGAACCCACUAUAGGAGCUGCAUUUUUCACCCAAAUUUUGUCCUUGGAUGAAGCAACUGUAAAGUUCGACAUAUGGGACACGGCGGGACAAGAACGAUAUCACAGCUUGGCUCCUAUGUACUACCGUGGUGCGGCUGCAGCUAUAGUCGUUUAUGACAUCUCAAGCAUGGAUACAUAUAAUCGAGCUAAAAAAUGGGUUCAGGAGGUGCAGAGACAAGGAAAUCCAAACGUCUUGAUGGCAUUGGUCGCGAACAAGUGUGACCUAGACCCAAAGAGAGAAGUACAGAAUGAGGAUGGGGAGCGAUAUGCUCAGGAAAACAGGAUGCUCUUCAUGGAAACGUCCGCGAAAACUGCACAUAACGUGAACAAGCUUUUCCACGAGAUAGCGAAUAAACUGGCAAAAGCUUCCCCUUCAAGACCAAGAGGAAUGACUCUGAACAGUGAACCGCAAGAUGGGAGAAGAAAACUACUUUGCUGUUUAGGUUGACGUCCCAAUUACUUCAGGGUCCCAAGGUGACCAAAAACGACUACCAAUGUCGCCAUGUCCAUCGAUCCUCCAACCUUAAUUUGUAUUCUGUCCCAUUGUUAAUCCCCAAAACAUCCACUUCACAUGGAUUGUGCUGUGAACAUAUUCCAGCCGCAAUCAAAAUGUCCAUGAUAAUCAGACUCUUUAGGCUCCGUUUGAUUGCAUAUUACAGUAGGUUUUGCCGGAAGUC